AUGAUUCGUGCAAAGCACAUUAGUAACCUUUCGAGUUCAGCAAGAUCCUUUUUUCUUAGUGGAACAAGACCUAGUGCAGCUGAUGGAAACCCCUGUACAUCAGCCGAUGAUGAAAGCUGCGUCUUGAGACGCCAGCAAAUUAGGACUGAAGCUGUACAGACUGGGAAAAGAGCAUCUAAUCUAGCAGCUGGACUAGUGGGGAAUGUAUUACCAGUAGAGGCUAGUAAGGUUGAGCAUUUCACCCGACCGUCUCUUCUUCCUCAGCAUGUUUCUUCUCCUGUUUUGCCGGUGAAGUCAGAUUCUGUAAACUAUAAGAUCCCACUAUCCGAUGGAACCGAAGUUGCUGGUUUGCCUAAAAGCUGUAUCUCUGAUCCCACUCGCCAUGUUUCAAGUGUUAAGUCUUCAAAUGCGAAAGUCGUCAGAACAGAGCACCUUGCUAAAGUCCACCUUAAAGAUUCAUCAGACCGAGUUCCUACAAACGGCUCCCGAGAUACUAAGGAAGCUCAAAGAUCUGUAUUUGUCAAAGGCUUGAAGCAAGCUUCGAAUGAUGUUGCAGGGAUUUCGUUUGAAGCUCAGUAUUUACCAACGAAUACCGUAUCUGGAAAGAGGAAAAGCAUGCCGGAGAGACCUAAUAUUGAUUCAACCAGGUAUGCGUCGGGUGGUUAUGACUAUAAUGUGCGUUCUUCGGAUGACAGGACGAUGAAAUCUUGUGUUGAAGGUUUCACUAAACCCUCAAGGGAAAUGACGAGAGUGACACCAGGUACCGCUCCAAGGCAGUGUUGUAAUGCUGGAUAUGUGGUAGAGAAUGUUUCUAGUAUAUUGAGGAGAUUCAAAUGGGGCCCUGCUGCUGAAGAGGCCCUUCAUAAUUUUGGUUUCAGGAUGGAUGCAUACCAAGCAAACCAAGUUCUUAAGCAGAUGGAUAACUAUGCAAAUGCGCUUGGUUUCUUCUAUUGGCUUAAAAAACAACCUGGUUAUAAGCAUGAUGGGCAUACUUAUACCACUAUGGUAGGUAACCUCGGCCGAGCCAAGCAGUUCGGUGAGAUAAACAAGCUUCUCGAUGAGAUGGUUAGAGAUGGAUGUCAGCCAAAUACCGUUACAUACAACCGCCUUAUCCAUAGCUACGGCCGUGCGAAUUACCUCAACGAAGCUAUGAAUGUUUUCAAUCAGAUGCAAGAGUCUGGAUGUGAGCCUGACCGCGUAACUUACUGUACCCUUAUAGACAUACAUGCCAAAGCUGGAUUUCUUGACAUUGCCAUGGACAUGUACCAGCGAAUGCAAGCAGCGGGUCUCUCUCCUGAUACUUUCACCUAUAGUGUUAUAAUAAACUGUCUUGGGAAAGCUGGCCAUUUACCUGCUGCACACAGGCUCUUCUGUGAGAUGGUUGGUCAAGGUUGUACUCCUAAUUUGGUCACGUUCAACAUCAUGAUAGCUUUACACGCCAAGGCUCGGAAUUAUCAGAGCGCGUUGAAGCUAUACCGAGACAUGAAAGACGCCGGGUUUCAACCUGACAAAGUGACAUACAGUAUAGUUAUGGAGGUUCUUGGACACUGUGGAUUCCUCGAGGAAGCAGAGGCUGUUUUCACUGAGAUGCAGCGUAAGAACUGGGUUCCUGAUGAGCCGGUUUACGGUCUUUUGGUGGAUUUGUGGGGAAAAGCUGGCAAUGUUGAGAAAGCUUGGCAGUGGUAUCAAGCAAUGCUUCACGCCGGUCUGCGACCUAAUGUUCCCACUUGCAAUUCACUUCUCAGUACUUUCCUCAGGGUUCACAGGCCGUCUGAAGCCUAUAGUUUACUACAAAGCAUGCGUGCGCUUGGUCUUCAGUCUUCUCUGCAGACAUACACAUUGCUCUUGAGUUGUUGCACUGAUGCUCGUUCGAACUUUGACAUGGGGUUCUGUGGCCAGCUAAUGGCAGUCUCAGGUCAUCCGGCACAUAUGUUUCUCCUCAAAAUGCCACCUGCAGGUCCCGAUGGCCAGAACGUGCGUGACCAUGUGAGCGACUUCCUUGAUUAUAUGCACAGCGAGGACAGAGAGAGUAAGCGCGGACUCAUGGAUGCAGUGGUGGAUUUUCUGCACAAGUCAGGUCUAAAAGAAGAGGCUGGCUCGGUCUGGGAAGUGGCUGCAGUUAAGAAUGUGUAUCCAGAUGCAUUAAUGGAGAAGAGCUGCAGCUAUUGGCUUAUCAAUCUCCAUGUAAUGUCAGAAGGAACUGCAGUCACGGCGCUGUCUAGGACACUUGCGUGGUUCCGUAAGCAGAUGUUGGUUUCAGGAGAAUGUCCUUCACGGAUUGAUAUAGUAACUGGUUGGGGAAGACGAAGCAGAGUCACGGGCACGUCAAUGGUGAGACAAGCGGUUGAGGAACUGCUCAACAUCUUCAACUUCCCGUUCUUCACUGAGAAUGGAAACUCAGGCUGUUUUGUUGGAUCCGGAGAGCCUCUCAAGAACUGGUUGCUUGAAUCAUAUGUUGAGAGGAUGCAUUUGCUCUAG